CACCGAGUCUCUGCAAGAUACUCCAUCGGUGCCUUAGGAGACAGUUUCCUCUACAUUUACCCUGGUCUUGGUAUUGGUUCUGGUCCUGGUCUUGGUCCUUGUCCUGGUUCUGACCUCCUUCCUGCUGUGUGAUCUUCCUGACAGCUGGUGUACCGGUGUGCUAGCGCCUGCAGGAGAAUCUCUGUAGUCUUUAGUGUUAGCAGCUAACACUGUUUCCUGCACCAUGAUCCUCAGCAUCGCUCUCAUCUGGGCCAUGGUGGUGGCACUGUGCUGCUGCCUGUGGCUCGCUCUGGGGAUAAGACACCGGCAACCUGGAGAACCUCCGGUGGAGAAUGGGCUCAUCCCCUACCUGGGCUGUGCCCUGCAGUUCGGGGCCAACCCCCUGGAGUUCCUGCGCAGCCGGCAGAAGAAGUACGGGCACAUCUUCACCUGUAGGAUCGCAGGGAAGUACAUCCACUUCCUGUGUGAUCCUUUCUCUUACCACUCAGUCAUCCGCCAGGGGCGACACCUGGACUGGAGGAAGUUCCACUUUGCCACCUCGGUCAAGGCGUUCGGUCACGACAGCUUCGACCCCCGUCACGGCCACACCACGGAGAACCUCCACCACACCUUCCUGAAGACCUUGCAGGGCGAGGCCCUUCCCGCCCUCAUCGGUACCAUGAUGGACCACCUGCAGACCGUCAUGCUCACGUCCGACACCCUCCCCGCCCGCAGCGACCACGGCUGGGAGGUCGACGGCAUCUUCGCCUUCUGCUACAAGGUCAUGUUCGAGUCCGGCUACCUGACGCUGUUCGGCCGCGAGCUGGGUCAGGAGGAGAGCCAGUCCCGGAGGCAGGCGCAGAAGGCCCUGGUCCUCAACGCCCUGGAGAACUUCAAGGAGUUCGAUAAGAUCUUCCCAGCGCUGGUGGCCGGACUGCCCAUCCACGUGUUCCAGAGCGGGUACUCGGCCAGGGAGAAGCUGGCCAAGACCAUGCUGGCGGAGAACCUGAGCAGGAGGGAGAACCUGUCGGACCUGAUCUCCAUGAGGAUCCUGCUGAACGACGCCCUGUCCACCUUUAACGACCUGAGCAAGGCCCGGACCCACGUGGCUCUGCUGUGGGCCUCACAAGCCAACACCCUGCCUGCUACCUUCUGGAGCCUGCUCUACAUGAUCAGGAGCCCAGCUGCGAUGGAGGCUGCCAGUAAGGAAGUACAGAACAUUCUGGAAGGUUCCGGUCAGAAGCCAGACCCUAAUAACCCCACGCUGACUCUGAGCAGGGAGCAGCUGGACAGCAUGCCUGUGCUGGACAGCAUCAUCAAGGAGGCCAUGCGUCUCUCCAGCGCCUCGCUCAACGUCCGCGUCGCUAAGGAAGACUUCCUGCUCCAACUCGACAACCAGGAGUCCUAUCACAUCCGCAAGGACGACGUCAUCGCCCUCUACCCCCCAAUGGUGCACUUUGACCCCGAGAUCUACGAGGACCCCCAGGAGUACAAGUACGACCGCUACCUGGACGAGAGCGGUCAGGAGAAGACCACCUUCUACCGCAGCGGCCGGAAGCUGCGUUACUUCUACAUGCCCUUCGGCUCGGGCGUCACCAAGUGUCCCGGGCGCUUCUUCGCUGUCCACGAGAUCAAGCAGUUCCUGGCUCUGGCGCUGUCCUACUUCCACAUGGAGCUGCUGGACCCUGCCGUCAAGGUCCCGCCCCUCGACCAAUCACGUGCCGGCCUGGGCAUCCUCCAGCCCACCUAUGAUGUGGACUUCAGGUACAAGCUGAAGAGCCAAUAAGAGGCGAAGAGUGGACUGGAGAGAUGGACUCUCUGGGUCUGACUGAAUCUUGUGCAUAACGAUGUGUAAAUAGUAUUUGUAGAUAUCCAGGAUGUGUAUUAGUGUGCAUGUGAGUGUGUGUGUGUGUGUGAGAGAGAGAGAGAGAGAGAGAGAGAGAGAGAGAGAGAGAGAGAGAGAGAGAGAGAGAGAGAGAGAGAGAGAGAGAGCGAGAGAGAGAAAGAGAGAGAGAGAGUGUAUAUAGGUGAUGUUGAAUGUGUUUUUUGUCUUUAUAUUGCUCCUGCACAAACAACUGAAGUCAAACACACCAUGUUUGUGGUAUGACGUACAAAUAGUACCUGUAGAGAGUACAGCAGGAGAUCAACGAUCAGAAGUGUGUUGUUCUAACAGUGUUUCUGGGAUCAGUCGAGGAGUGGUGUGUGUUUAGUGCCACUAGACACAUCCCAAAGGAACCACAUCUCAGCUAUUAGGAGAAAAACAUAUUGUGGUUCUUUAGGAGGUAGACAGUGAAAUUGGCCCAGACACAUUUCGAAAUGUCGAGUGAUUCCACACAUCUGUUAAGUUAGUUAAAAGACACUUAUUUAACUUAGUUGUGGUAUUUAAAACCUGGGUCUUUUAAUGUACUUAACACAUCUGUGUAACUCGACACGUUUUCAGAUAAAUCCAUGGUUUCUAGUUUUGGAAGGGCAUUCUAGUUCUCUAGAGACGAGAGGAGAGACCGUUUAUCAGUGAUAUUUCUGUCAGCUUGGGAACGCCUGUGUUGCCAUGACAGCAGGGUUGACCUCAGCCUUUGAACAGUGACGUCAGACGGUUCCUCGUUCAGCUUCUGUGGAAGUCAGACAGAAGAUAAGGCGUUCUCUCCUGAGGUCAGUCUCUGGACUCCCAUCGCCGUGACAGAACCUAGAUCCACUCAGAUAGAACUGCAAAGGGUUCCUCCAGCCCAGUCAUCCCCUGAGGGAGAACCAAAAGUUUUUGUCAGGAUCCCGGGCUGUUUUUCUGAAGAAGGUUCUGUACCAAAAGGGGUUCCACCUAGAACACACCUCAGAGUUCUUCUGUUUUUUUGUUUUGUCCUCACCAGUGUUGUGUGUUUGUGUCUGAAGACCUGAGUUCCCUGUAGCAAGCCAUAAAGUAUUUCCUGUCUGAUUGGGAGAGAACGUGUUCUUAGACGUGACGUUGAAUGUCCUUUGGUGUCUUUGUUUUGUACACUGUAUGAAAAAUAUGUCAAUAAAAGUCGAUACAUUUGUACAGCGGAA